GGGGCGGGGCCGGCUGAGGGGAUUUCGGGUGACAGAUGUCAGAGUAAUGGAGGAUUUGAUGAACGGGGCCGAGGAGGAGGACAGUAUGGGAGCCGAGCGCAGCCUGAACUAGAUCCACCUUCUAUGGCUUCUGAGAAAGCAUCUACCAGACUUGGAUUAUUUGCAUCUUCCAUCCUCAUUCUAAAAAAUAUGUAUCUCCUCCAUUGCAUGAUCUCACCAAGUCGGAGUCCACGUGGUGGUGUCUGUGCGGAUCAGUGACUGAUUUCCUGCUGAUCGCUCUUUACAUUUCAGCAAGAAUAAGGAGCGAUAGAAACUUCUGCUGCUGCAGCUUCUGACCCUCAGCCCAUCAUCAGGCCGGCAUACACUACAAUGUUUAAUUUAUGAGCCUAACCCUUCCAGACGGUACCUUUAUUGUGAAGGAUAGUAAUUAAUGUCCCAAUUCACUUGGUUAAUGCUCUUCUGCGCACACUGCAGGGAAGUUGAAGACUGCCUGGAGUUACGUUAACACGGUAGUGAAAUCACAGCACCUUAACAAAACAGAGAGAUAAAGCGGCUCGGCAGCCUGCUCGGAUCCUGGUCUGGGUGCUACAGGACAGGGCGCUACAUGUGGGUCAUCUGAGGUGCCACUUGGGCCCCCGGCGUUGCCAAGUGUCGAUCGAUCCCAGCAGUCUCUCCGGUGUCCCGGCCAGGCCCUCGAUCGCUCCCGGCAGGGCCUAAAGCACAGUGACUGCUGGAUAAAACAGGGAGGAUUCUGGGAUAUCGCCCAUGUGUAUGAGACCCUUCAGGAGAGGAGGAAUGAGAACCGGCCGUAGACCCAGACGACCAGAUCUGUCGCACUAAAGAGCCCCCAUGCUGCUUCUUUCCCUUCCAUUCCCAAAUGAUUAUCUGCACUAAACCAGAGACCUGGAGUGAGCUACCCGAGGAGUGACGCGGUUCUCUUCCUAUAGAAGAAACGCAGGACAGCUGAAAACCAGAAGGCGUCUGUGGAGAAUGAGAUUACUCAGCCGAGGGAAGGCAGCGCCAAGCCGGGCCAGCCCUGCCAGAACUUUGUAGCUGUUCUGUUGCGGUGCCCAGCCAUAUCCACUCAACACAUACAGACAUCAAGCAACCAAUCAGCACGUGUGCACACACAAACAGAGUCGUCUGAUUGUCAGACUCAAGGAGGAUGUGCACCCUUGUUCUUAUACAGCUUGACGAUGAAUGUCUGACUUUAUCUCCUCAUUCUUGACUGGUGCCCAUCGUAGUCCACAGAUUAGUUUGUAGAGGCUCGUCCUCAUGGCUGGUGACAAGUGCCAAUGUGAAGGUGACAUCAGUUGCAAGGGGAUGACAGAGCGCAUUCAUAGUAUCAACCUUCACAACUUCAGCAAUUCCGUGCUCGAGACGCUCAACGAGCAGCGCAACCGUGGCCACUUUUGUGACAUGACGGUGCGAAUCCACGGGAGCAUGCUGCGGGCCCACCGCUGCGUGCUGGCCGCUGGCAGCCCAUUCUUCCAGGACAAACUGCUGCUAGGGUACAGUGACAUCGAAAUCCCCUCAGUGGUGUCUGUCCAUGCAGUGCAGAAGCUCAUUGACUUCAUGUACAGUGGGGUACUAAGGGUCUCCCAGUCCGAGGCUCUUCAGAUCCUGACAGCUGCAAGCAUCCUACAGAUAAAAACGGUCAUUGACGAAUGCACCAGAAUUGUCUCUCAAAAUGUAGGCGGGGUGUACCCUCUAAUACAGGACUCUGGCCAAGAGACACCCAGGGGUACUCCGGAAUCAGGUACCUCUGGGCAGAGCAGUGACACAGAAUCUGGCUUCCUGAGGAGCCACCGUCAGCACAGCGUAGACCGGAUCUACUCUACUUUAUACACAUGUUCCAUGCAAAAUGGCAGUGGGGAACGUUCCUUUUAUAGCGGAGCUUUGGUUAGCCACCACGAGACUGCCUUAGGGAUGCCUAGACAACAUCACAUGGAGGAGCCCAGCUGGAUCACACGUAUACAUCAAAGAUCUCAGCGGAUGGAGAGGUAUCUGACCACCACCCCAGAAACCACCCACUGCCGUAAGCAGCCACGUCCUGUACGUAUUCAAACAAUGAUGGGAAAUAUACAUAUAAAACAAGAAGUGGACGAUGAUUAUGACUACUAUGGACAACAGACGUCGCAGGCCCUGGAACGCAACGAGUCAGAAGAGUGUACUGAGGACACCGAUCAAGCUGAAGGCACAGAAAGUGAACCCAAAGGAGAAAGUUUUGACUCUGGAGUAAGUUCAUCAAUCGGCACAGAGCCGGACUCUGUGGAGCAACAGUAUAUGCCUGGUCUGAUAAAAGACGGCCAGCAAGAUCCUUCCCAAGCAGAGUCAAACAACUUGUCUACCGAAAGUGUAGAAAACCAGAACCAACAGCACUUAGAAACCAGCUCUUCCUCCCCUGAGAGGAGCAUUAACGUUGACAUGGACAGCACAGUGCUCAGUGUUAGCAAUAGCACCGAAAAGGGGGUCCUACAGACUUCUGUCUCCCAGUCAAUAGCGCAAGCAUUGCCAACCACUCAACUCUAUUUACGUCAGACGGAAACACUCACCAGCAACCUGAGAAUGCCACUAACCCUGACCAGUAAUACCCAGGUCAUUGGAACAGCUGGCAAUACCUAUCUUCCGGCUCUCUUCACUACACAGGCGGCGGGGACUGGUCCAAAACCUUUCCUCUUUAGUCUGCCCCAACCUCUGGCUGCUCAACAAACUCAGUUUGUGACCGUUCCCCAAGGUGGAGUGUCUCAAUAUUCUUCCCAAAUUCAAAACCAACAACCGCAAGGUGGACAUAGCACAGGCAACAACCAGGGAGAAAAAAAGCCUUAUGAGUGCACCCUCUGCAACAAAACGUUCACCGCCAAACAGAAUUAUGUGAAGCACAUGUUUGUACAUACAGGAGAGAAACCGCACCAGUGUAGCAUCUGCUGGAGAUCUUUUUCUUUAAAGGAUUACCUAAUCAAACACAUGGUGACGCACACCGGCGUGAGGGCUUACCAGUGCAGCAUCUGCAACAAGCGCUUCACCCAAAAGAGCUCCCUCAAUGUGCACAUGCGCCUGCACCGCGGAGAGAAAUCUUACGAGUGCUACAUCUGCAAAAAGAAGUUUUCUCAUAAGACGCUGCUGGAGAGGCACGUGGCCCUUCACAGCGCCACCAAUGGCACUGCCAGCAUCCCAGUACCCGUUCCAGCUCCUAACUCAGCUCCAGGAUUAGUUCAAGCUCCUGCCACCACCCCAGGACAAGGGUUGCCUCCAGCACCCAGCAUGCCUCCAGCACCGGUUUUGCCUCCUACUCCGGUCUUGGCAUCUGCUCCGGUUUUGGCUCCAACUCCAGCCUUAGUUCCAGCUCCAAUUUUGGUCUCUGCCUUAGCACCGGCACCAUCACUGGCUACAACCCCAACCGCUGCUGCAACACCUAGUCCAGUUCUAGCCCCUCGCCCCGGGCCCCCCAACAACGGAGCCACAGUAUGCUCUGAGGGCACGACGUACGUUUGCUCAGUGUGCCCAGCUAAAUUUGACCAAAUCGAGCAAUUCAACGACCACAUGAGAAUGCACGUUUCAGACGGAUAAAUACCAUCCAUUCUUACGAACAAAGAAAAAAAAAAACAACAAAAGCUAUGGCACUAGAAUUUAAGAGUUUUUUUCUUUUUAUUUUUAGGGUUUUUUUGUUUUUGUUUUUUUGUUUUUAUUUUAUUUUUUGACAUUUUGUACUACAUGAAGAACUUUAUUGCCUGCUGGUACAUUACAUUUCCGGAGAGUGGGUGAAUAUAUAUAUCUAUAUAUUAUCAAGAUAUAUAACCUGCAUAUAUAUUUUAUCCAAUCUCCCUCAGAUGGUGGCCUUAAGGCCUGGUAGAUAUACCUGAAUUCUACUGGUUGGAAUUCUAACUACUGGCCUCUAAAUACAACCCUUCUUUAAAAAAAAAAAUACAAAAAAAAAACACAAAAAGACACGUGAAAAAAAAUUCAUUAAAAAUACAAAAACAAAAACUGAACCCUUUUUUCCACUUGUGUAGAGCACUACAAAAAAAAAACAAAUAAUAUAACAAGAUAUUCAGAAAGGCCUACUGUCUCUUAAUAUGCCGCCUACAGUGUUUUUGAUUUUUUUCCCAUUGCUUUUUUACUUUCUGAUGAACAUUUUUCUGCAUUUAACCGCUCAGACUUCACAGUAUCUGAUGGAUAAAAACUGCGCACUUAUUUUAUUAUCUUUCAUUUUUCCCCCAUUUGCGGCAUUAAAUGUCUAUUUUUGUUAUGUUUGUGCUGUGGGGGAGGAACGGGCAGUGUAAGAGGCCGGUAAGAGAGAGGACCAGAAUUAGAGCGGCCAUCGGGGUGGGGUUAUGGUCUGGUUCAUCCUUCCACCUGGUUCUGCCCGAAUACCUACAAUCCCCCCUCCCCCUCCCAAACAUCACCUUUUUUUGACCCGUCCAAGAAUUUCAUCUGCAGCUGAAGAAAAUAAGGACUGAGAGAAAUCGACAUAAAACGCAUAAGGGCAAAAUAUGUGGCUGUGCUAAAUUUUUAUUUUUUGUAACUUUUCAAGCAAAGAAUCUUCAAUGACAGAAGCAUCAUGUGUUCACUAUUUGCGUCAUUAUCCGAGUUCCUGAUGCAGUACAGGACAAGGGCACGAAUGUGUCUUUAUGGAACCAAUGUUAAAGACUUAACACCUGAGGUAUAGAAAACGUAUAUAUGAGAAAAAAAAAAAGAAAAAAUCUGUUCUAAUUUUUUGAGGUGAAAUCUGGCGCCAUGCAAUGGUGUGUUCUGUUCUAUGUAGGA